UCUCCCUUUCUGUCUCUCAACCUAUUCUGUACUCCCGCCCUGCUGUCCACGCAGAAAAAAUAUUGCUUGCUCCCUUCCUUUCUUCUACUGCUCUCUCGCUCUCUCGUUCCUCUUUGACUUUCCCUUUUACUUUUGCAAGGGGAGGAAACUUGUCUCUCUCUGUCUCUGUCUCUGUCUCUGUCUCUCUCUCUCUCUCUCUCUCUCUCUCUCUCUCUCUCUCUCUCUCUCUCUCUCUCUCUCUCUCUCUCUCCUCCUCUUUCUCACAGUCGUUGUUAGCGGCCUCAUUACUUUUCUGCUUUCCUUUUUACUUUUUGCCCUGGAGGAAAUCUCUCGCUCUCCCUCCCUCUCUCUCUCUCUCUCUCUCUCUCUCUCUUCUGUCAUUGAACCGAAUGUGGCACGACCCUCUGGAUCGCUAAUCUUUGACACCGGGCUGUAGCUGUGAGCCAGGACACCAGGAACCCUACUCCAAUCCACCCGCGUGUUCCUCCCUGCCACCGCGUAAUUACAACUUCCAGGGACGACCACCCGACGUUUCCAUGACGACCACCUGCCUAACAAUAACCGCAACCAAGUUUUUUUGUUUCUUCCCCACCGGAGCGACCGAAAGCCAACUUCUAAUCCACUCUGUGUGUGUUUGACACGAGCGAUCGACAUCAGAACAGAGAUGAAGGGGGACAUGGGAGAGAGCGCGACAGUCCGAUGAUAGGGAGGGAGAGAGAGAAAGAGAGAGAGAGAGAGAGAGAGAGGGAUGAAGAGCUCCUCUUCCUUAGGUUUGUUAUGUUAGCCGCCGUUAUCGCAAAAUGUAACGGACACGCACACGCAGGUUCUCUCCUUUGGAGCACUGUCGUCCCGCCUCAACUUUGUUCAGCUUUCUUUUAAGCAUUCAAAAACUUUUUUGGACUACAGCGGGGAGGAAACUAGAUCGGCUUAAUUAAUUUCCAGCUGACCAAUGGUCUUUCUCCUCGUUGCUGCUGGGUCCUUUUUUCUGCUGCAUCAGAGCACUUUGUUCCUCUGAGCACUCGGUUCCCUCUGAGCACAAUGUUCCUCUGAGCACUCUGUCCACUCCGAGCGCUGUUCUUGAGUAUCCGAGGAACGGGACAGAACAAUGGCAUUGGAACCAUCGCCACGGUUACCGUUCUAAAGCCCUUCUGCUGACCGUGAGCGAUGGAGCGCACUUGGCUGUCCUCGGAAACGUUCCGAGGGAGGGAAUAACCUCAGUGGCGUCUGGUGCGACACACAUUCAAGGCUGAAGACCACUCGACGUAUGGCAGCGGGACGUCAACGCGCCGCGUGGUGAACGCGUGACACGUGCGAAUACCGCGAGUGUGUGACUUUGAAUGACACCCUCUGUAGACUGCGGUCGUGUCAUAAUGCGUGGUGGCGGGGAGACCCCCGGGCCCGUGUCUGCCCUCGGACAGACGGACAGACACAGGACGGACAGGCUGGGAUGCGUAUCCAUGGACACCAGCGGUUGUAGCCCUUUCCCCAUGUGCUGGGAUAGAGGAGAAUAUGACCGACACCUAGGGGCGGUAUCGUCAGGGAAGACCAUGGCGACGGCCUACCUGGAGCCCAGCCUCAACCACGCCCUCCUGGCCGGCGCCAAGUCCCGGCUGAGCGCGGGGGUGCCGGAGCGCGCCAUCGCGGGCGCCUCGGUGGAGCGGGUGCUGAAAGUCUUCCACCACUUUGAGUCCAACACGGACGUGCACAGCAGCUGGUCGUCCAACAUUCGAUACGGAGACGCCACCGAUGUCCGGGGAAUCAUCCAGAAGAUUCUGGACAUCCACAAAGUGCGCUGGACGGCCUGCUUCGGCCUGCGCCUCACCAACAGCCAAUCAGCAGACGAGGUCCACUGGCUCCACCCAGAUCUGGGCGUGUCCCACGUCAGAGAGAACUACGAACAGCCACAGCCUCAGGAAGAGUGGAGAUAUGAGCUGAGGAUCAGAUACCUCCCUAAGGGCUUUCUGCAGCAGUUCACUGAAGACAAGACGACACUCAAUUACUUCUACCAACAGGUGAAGAACGACUACAUGACAGAGAAAGGGGAUCAGGUGGACCAGGAUGUAGCACUGAAGCUGGGCUGUCUGGAGAUCAGGAGGUUCUUCCGAGAGAUGAGGGGGAAUGCUCUGGAUAAGAAGUCCAACUAUGAGCUACUGGAAAAGGACGUGGGUUUGAGGCGUUUCUUUCCCAAGAAUCUGCUGGAUUCGGUCAAGGCCAAGACCCUUCGUAAGUUGAUCCAGCAGACGUUCAAGCAGGUGGCCAACCUCAACGACGAGCAGAGCAUCAUGAAGUUCCUGGAGAUCCUGUCUCCUGUCUACCGCUAUGACAAGGAGUGCUUCAAAUGCGCCCUGGGGCUCAGCUGGGUGAUCCAGGUGGAGCUCGCCAUCGGGCCGGAGGAGGGCAUCAGCUACCUCACCGACAAGGGCUCUACGCCGACCCAUCUGGCGAACUUCACUCAGGUCCAGUCCAUCCAGUACUCUGCAAUGGAGGAGAAGGACCGCAAGGGCAUGUUGCAGGUCAACGUGGCAGGAGCUGCUGAGCCUCUCACAGUGACGACGGCAUCGCUGACGAUGGCAGAAAACAUGGCGGACUUGAUCGAUGGCUACUGUCGGCUUGUCUCCAUGGAAACCCAUUCCUUCAUCGUUAGGGUCCAGAAAGAGGGCGAGAGAGCACUACCUUCCAUCCCAAAGCUGUCCAACAGUGAGAAGAAACUCGAGGCGGUGAAAAGUGGAGUGAGAACCAUCUCAGUCUCCGACUUGGUGACCUCAGCUCCCUCUAAGCCAACCAAAGCGCGGCGUUUCCACCUUCCGUUUGUCUUCUGUUCCGAUUCGCCACCCAAGGAGGAUCUGAGUGGGGACGAAACUGAUGACUACGCUGAGAUAGUUGAUGAGGAGGACACCUACACCAUGCCCUCAAUGGGCUAUGGCGUGGUCGAAGCACGGGACUAUGAGAUCCAGCGGGACCGGAUUGAGCUGGGCCGCUGCAUCGGAGAGGGCCAGUUUGGGGACGUCCACCAGGGGGUCUACAACAGCGCGGACGAUCCUAACCUGUCAGUAGCCAUUAAGACCUGCAAGAACUGUACAUCGGACAGCGUCCGAGAGAAGUUUCUACAGGAAGCAUUGACAAUGCGCCAGUUUGACCACCCUAACAUAGUGAAGCUGAUCGGAGUGAUAACGGAGAACCCAGUGUGGAUCAUCAUGGAGCUGUGCACCCUUGGAGAGCUGCGCUCCUUCCUCCAGGUGAGGAAGUACAGUCUGGACCUGGCCAGCCUCAUCCUGUUCUCCUACCAGCUCAGCACGGCCCUAGCCUACCUGGAGAGCAAGCGCUUUGUGCACAGGGACAUCGCUGCCCGCAACGUGCUGGUCUCCUCCAUGGACUGUGUGAUGCUGGGGGACUUUGGCCUGUCGCGAUACAUGGAGGACAGCUCCUACUACAAAGCGUCGAAAGGUAAACUACCUAUUAAGUGGAUGGCUCCGGAAUCCAUCAACUUCCGACGAUUCACCUCCGCUAGCGAUGUCUGGAUGUUUGGCGUGUGCAUGUGGGAGAUCCUGAUGUACGGCAUCAAGCCUUUCCAGGGAGUGAAGAACAACGACGUGAUUGGCCGGAUUGAAAACGGCGAGCGAUUGGCUAUGCCGCCCCAGUGCCCGCCCACCCUGUACAGUCUGAUGACCAAGUGUUGGUCGUACGACCCCAGCAAGAGGCCCAGGUUUACCGAACUCAAAACACAGCUCAGCACCAUCCUGGAGGAGGAGAAGCAGCAGAUGGAGGAGCGGCUGCGGAUGGAGAUGAGGCGGCAGGUCAACGUGUCCUGGGACUCGGGAGGCUCAGAGGACGCCCCGCCCAAGCCUAGCAGGCCAGGUUAUCCGAGUCCACGCUCCAGUGAGGGAUUCUUCACCAGCCCCCAACACAACCAUUACCCGGCCUCAGCCCACUGUGGUGUGGGAGGGGUGGAGGGAGGCUUCCCUCCCCAUGACGCAUGGAGCACUCAGCACAGACCAGAGCACACUGCCAUGUGGAACGUCAACAUGGAGGAGGGCGGGUGUGGUGGUCAUGUUCUGAUGGAGGAGAGGCUGAUGAUGCAGCAGCAGCAGAUGGAGGAUGACCAGAGAUGGCUGGAGCAGGAGGAGGGCAUGAUGAAGGCUGAGGCCAGAAACAGCAGAGGAAGCAUCGACAGAGAGGAUGGAACGCUGCAAACUCCGGGGAGGGAGCAACACAUAUACCAGCCAGUUGGAAAGCCAGAACUAACCGCUGCCCCCCCGAAGAAACCCCCCCGGCCUGGAGCCCCCUGUCACCUUGGCAACCUGCCCCUCCUCAACCCUGUGGACAGCUACAACGAGGGGGUCAAGUUGCAGCCCCAGGAGAUCAGCCCGCCCCCGACGGCCGACCUGGACCGGUCCAACGACCGGGUGUAUGAGAACGUGACGGGACUGGUGAAGGCAGUCAUAGAGAUGUCCUAUAGGAUCCAGCCCGCCGCCCCAGAGGAGUAUGUUGCCAUGGUGAAGGAGGUGGGUUUAGCAUUGAGGACCCUACUUGCAACAGUGGACGAGACGAUUCCUGAGUUGCCAGCCAGUACACACAGAGAAAUCGAGAUGGCCCAGAAGUUGUUGAACUCUGACCUGUCUGAGUUGAUCGGGAAACUGAAACUCGCCCAGCAGUAUGUGAUGACAAGCUUACAAAAGGAGUACAAGAAACAGAUGCUGACUGCUGCUCACGCACUCGCAGUCGACGCCAAGAACCUUCUGGAUGUCAUCGACCAAUCACGGCUCAAGAUGAUCUCCCAGGCCCGCCCACACUAGCCUGCUCGCCAAUGUGGGACAAGGGGAUCAAAUAAAGGCCAGUCCAGGUUCGAAGAAGGAGAAGAAAGAUGGAGUUGGGGCCUGUUGCUAUGGAACCCGAUGGGUGAAAGCCAAUCACAGAGGGCAAGAUGAAUGGAUGGCUUGCAGGACAUAUAUGGAAUGAAUGACGAAUCAGUGAAUGAAUGGAUGACUCUGAAGAAGGAUAAGGACACAGAUGUGAAGACCAGUGAUGGAGGAUCAAUGGGAUGUACAUGAAGGAAUGAAAACACCAAUCAGACAUGAUCAACCAGCGUCACUCUCUCUCUCUCUAGCUCUCUUCAAGGCACUAUCCUACAACAGAACCCCCAGCCAUAGCAGCUCAUGGUUUGUGUCUCCAUAGCUAGAUCUACAUUUUGUUCUUAUCUUGCAUUAUUUUACUUUUGAAGCUCUGUAUUGGAAGCAGAAGAGGAUAGAAAAAGUUUCUCUUUUACUACUUUUUUUUUUCCCAGGAUCCUCAUUUGUUUUGUCUCUUGCUUCUCGAAAUGCCUAUUAGUGAUUUUUAUAGCGUCUACCUAAGCAGGCUACAAACGUAUACUACUGUCCCCCUCACAUCCACACCCCCUGCAGAGAUAAAGACUCUUGUAACGACUGAAGGAUAAUGACUGAAUGGUAAUGGUCUUAUAGAGCACAGCUUCACCGGGACGUCAUACUCACAACAAGUCAGGAAGAGACGAAGAAGACGGACGGACGCUACAACAGAACACAUCCGACAGAACCAUGACAACUGGAACUCCUCUGAAUUCACCAUCAGCGGGCGGUCAACGAGAUGACAAUGACGACGCCUUAAAUGUGUUUCUUGUUAUUAUCAGUAAUUAUUAUUGUUCAUUUGAAUCUUGUCUCGCCGCUACUUACUUACUUUAUUGUGUUUCCGGCUAACUGCCGUUCUAAUCAUUUAUGGUCACUAAAAAAAAGUGUAUUGGGUAACCAUUGUUGAUAUAUAUAGAUAAUGAUAGUUUAUCCUUUUUUUCUGAGUGUGUGUGUGUCCACAUACACUAUCAGUGGUCUAUCUCAGGCACCUGGACAGUGAACAAAAGAUUUUUAAUGGCCUAUCUUUCUUGAUUCGUAUUGCAAAGACAAGACAUUGUUGCUAAACCGCUUAGUAAACACACAAAGAAGUUCUCUAUUUUUAACAAUUCCCUGGGUCAUGGAUGGUUACUGUGGAGUGGAGAGUGCAGGUGAUGAUGGGGUCCACGAUUAAUUUAUGUUUUUCACCCGUUACUAUGCAUGUUUAAACCCUGAUUUGUGAUUUCUCAGACCUUGGUCUUGUGAGGAGACAGAGGAGGGAAUAAAAACGGACGCUAAAUUCAGUUCUGGUGCUGACAUCCAACGAACUUGAGAACAGUGUCCCCCUAGUGGCUCGAUUUCUUAUUACGUGUCCUGACAAAUGCUGGGGAAAAAAAAAAAAAACUAAUAUAUGGUUGAUAUUGUCCUUUUUUUAACGUGGUAAUUUGAGGUGAAAUGUGUUGUUGCACCAGUAGUGUUGUUGCUGAUUCCAAUUUCCUGUACACACACACACACACACUACAGCAGGCCCCCGGUCUGUCUGAAAGCUUAUACCCAACUCUACACCGAAGGCACCUUGACUCUCAACACAACCACCAAAAUUAUACUAUUUCCUCCAUGCCAAUUUCACUGCAGUGUUUCAUAAAACUGACGCAGGCCCCUAAUUUAUUACGAUUGAUCCCUUUAUUCAAAAUAUUAAUAUCCAACAAACCCAUGAACUAUACUUUUUUAAUAUAUAUAUAUAUUAUUCCUCUCCCCAUCGUUUUAUUAUGGCCCUCCCCUUAUUCUUUUCAUUUCUACUUCUGUUCAUCCUUCUCUUCUCUCUGUUUCUCCGUCUUCCCUCUCGCCAUCUUUCCAUGACCCUCACCCUCACUCUCUCUCUGGGGCAGGUAGGAUACUCAGGAAGGAGUUACAUGUACAGUUUUUAAACCAAGCCAAUAAAAAAACAGUUAUUAUAUUAAA